AUGAGCAACGACAAGGACAAUUUCAACGUCAGCCAUCUCACUGCUGGCCUUGUUAAAGCUGUUAAGAACAAGCUGGAGAAUCUGGCUGGAGAGCAUUCUGAUGUGCUCGAGAAUGUGACUCCUAAAAUCAGAAGGCGUGUCGAGGUCUUGCGGGAGAUUCAGUUUCUUACUGCAUAUACAGAAAUGAACAGCGAGCAGAGCUGGAAAACGAGACCUUACAUGAUAGAAGGAAGAAUGAAGGAGACAAGCCCAUCAGGCGACUCAGUCACAACUAGUUUAGCUAAUUUCCGACCUGAAUCUGUUGUGAAAUUGACAGAGAGAAAGAUGUUUGUUUGA